UAUGCUUAGAAGAAGAGAAGAAACCAAUUCAUUACUCAAAGGAAGGUAGAUAGAUACUUUCUUCUUCUACACCAUAAGGGGUCCUCUUCCUCUCACGAAAGAAAUUAGGGCUAAAAAAUUAAAUUGAAUUUUCCAAUGUUCCCUUACAGUUCAAACCCUUACCCUUCAUUUCUUCCUUCAUCAUCUUCUUCUUCUUCUUCUACUUCUUCACUCUUUCCUUUUCCUUUCCUAAAUCCUGAAAAUGCUUCUUCAAACAACAACAAUAACACACUUUUUCAUGAUCCAUUUUCAAUUCCUUACAUACCAAUUCAUCAUCAUCCUCAUCCUAAUCUUCAUAACAUUACAAAUAUUCCAGAAACCCUAACCAAUUUGGCUGCUUCUCAAGAAAAUAACAAUAAUAGUAACAACAAUAAUAAUAACAUUGCUAUUCCAAUGCCUAAACAAGAUCCUUCAUCUCUUGGUGGUGGUUCUCACUAUGGUAUUUCCUGUUUCCUCGCAAAGAAACCGGUGAAGAAAGACCGACACAGCAAGAUUUACACUUCUCAAGGUUUGAGAGAUCGAAGAGUGAGGCUUUCGAUUGAGAUCGCUCGAAAGUUCUUCGAUCUUCAAGACAUGUUAGGGUUUGACAAAGCUAGCAACACACUUGAUUGGCUUUUCACAAAAUCUAAGAAAGCAAUUAAGGAUCUAACUAAGAGUAAGCAAAGAAACAACAAUAGUGAAGUUGGUGGUGAUGCUAAAAGCUUCACAUCUUCCUCAGAUUGCGAAGAUUCCGAGAUUGCUACCAAUAAUUCUUCAAACCUAAAACAACAUAAGGAAGGUGCAGGAAGUAAACAUGAAGAGAAGAAGUUGAAAAGAGUACAGAUCAAAGAACCAGCUUGUGUUAGAGCAAGUAAGAUGAAGGAGUCAAGGGAAAAAGCAAGAGCAAGAGCAAGGGAAAGAACUAGUAACAAGAUCUCAAACAUAAGGGGGGUGCAAGAAGUAGAAUUGAAGAAAAAAUAUGAAAAUAAUCUUCAAGCUUUUCAACAAGAUCAUCAUAGUGAAGGACCAAGAAAUGAUUUUAAUGUUAUUGAAGAAUCAAUUGUGAUUAAGAGAAAGUUGAAACCUUCUAUGAUGGUUUCUCAUCAUCAUCAUCAUCCUCAUUACCAUCAAAGCCAUGUGAUCCCUAAGGAAUCAUCAACAAGUUUCAACAACAAUGGAGAUUUCAAUUUCUUGCCAAAUUCAUCUCCAAAUUGGGAUGCUAAUAAUAAUGGUACAUCUUCCACUAAUCGCUCCACCUUUUGUGCUAUAGCCAGCAUGAAUCUUUCUACAGGGCUCCAAAUCUUUGGAAAAUCAUGGGAGGAAUGCACCAAUCCACGUCUACAUUAGUAUGUUAGGUUUUAUUUUUUUUAUGCAUUUAUUAUCCAUUAUGAACUCUCUCUAGGUUUGUUAAGGACUUUCAAGGAUAUUCUUUUCUGUGUUUUCUUCCAGCAGUGUAACUUUUUCUGUCCUAUAUUCUCCCUUGAACCAUGUUUGUACCAUGAUCUGUUGUUCAUGAUGUUAAAAUGUGACACUUGACCUUAAA